CGACUCACAAGACGCGCACAAGUCGGACUCAUCAGAGUCAGCGACUGCACUCUGCAGUGUGCAGGGCCACCACAUCCGCUGCGUUCCACUGCCAGUGCAGGGAGUCCGCUCAGGCCGGCAAGUUCUCCUUCUCAGGGUCAGAGUAAAGGAAGUAACCAUGGCGCAAGUUCAAGCCCCUCCUCAGGCCCAGGGUGCUCAAGCUGGACCGGGCGGCAGUGGGCCUGCCCCUUUUGCUUCCACGUCACUGUACGUUGGCGACUUAGAAGCCAAUGUGUCGGAAGCACAGUUGUAUGAGGUGUUCAAUCAAGUGGGGCCGGUGGUGUCCAUCCGGGUGUGCCGGGAUCUGAUAACCAGGCGCUCCUUGGGAUAUGCGUAUGUCAAUUACAACUCGGCCCAGGACGCCCAACGCGCGCUCGAGGUCCUCAAUUUCCAGCCAAUCAAUGGGAAGGAGAUCCGGAUCAUGUUCUCUUCCCGGGACCCCUCCUCGAGGAAGAGCGGGGCUGGCAACAUCUUCAUCAGGAACCUCGACAAGGGCAUUGACAACAAGGCGCUCCACGACACGUUUGCCGCUUUUGGCAGCAUUCUGUCUUGCAAGGUUGCCACCGACAAUGCGGGCCAGUCCAAGGGCUACGGCUUCGUGCAGUUUGAGUCCGAGGAGUCCGCUAACCAGGCUAUUGAGAAGGUCAACGGGAUGCUCCUCAACGAGAAGCAAGUGUAUGUGGGUCCAUUUGUGCGGCGGCAGGAGCGUGACGUGGGCGCAGCGUCGUCCAAGUUCCAGAACGUGUACGUCAAGAACCUGGGGGAGGACGUCACCGAGGAGAAGCUCAAGGAGGUCUUUGAGGAGUUUGGGAAAACCACCAGCGCUGUCAUCAUGAAGGAGUCGGACGGCAAGUCCAAGGGGUUUGGCUUUGUCAACUAUGACGAGCCGGAGUCAGCCGCCAAGGCGGUAGAUGCCUUGAACGGCAAGAACAUUGAUGGCAAGGAGUGGUUCGUGGGGCGCGCUCAGAAGAAGUCCGAGCGCGAGCAAGAGCUGCGCAACAAGUUCGAGCAGGAGAGGAGGGAGAAGGCCGAGAAGUUCCAGGGGGUAAACCUCUACCUCAAGAACCUGGACGACACCUUCGACGAUGAUAAGCUGCGCGAGCUCUUCUCCGAGUUUGGCACAAUCACCUCCGCCAAGGUGAUGAAGGCCCAAGAUGGGACGAGCAAGGGUUCAGGGUUUGUCGCCUUUAAUGCCCCGGAGGAGGCCACCAAGGCGGUGACUGAGAUGAACGGCAAGAUGGUGGGCAGCAAGCCGCUGUACGUGGCCCUCGCACAGCGCAAGGAGGAGCGCAAGCAGAGGCUAGCGGUCCAGUUCCAGCAGAGGAUUCCCCAGGUGGGCAUGGGCGGGAACGCCCCCGCCAACAUGCCCAUGUACGGCCAGCUCCCCCCCCCGGGCCAGCAGAUCUUCUUCGGGCAGCCCCCCCCGGGGCUGCUCCCCCCUCAGCCCGGCUACGGCUACCAGCAGCAGGUGCUCGCCCCCGGCAUGCGGCCAGGGAUGCAAGCGAUGCCCAACUACUACGUGCCAGUCGUGCAGCGACAAGGCAACCAGGGCCGCGGGCGGGGGGGUCGCGGUGGCCCUCAGCAAGGCCCGCUGGGCCCAGGGGGUCGCCAGCCGCCGCAGCAGGGCCAGCGGCAGGGCCCCGGCCAGUUCCGCUACGGUCCCAACGCCCGCAACCUGCCCGGGGGGCCUGAACAGGGCCAGGGCAUGCCCCCCCCGGGGCUCAACCAGCUGCCGGUCCCAAUGGAGGUGCCAGGGGGCGUUGCAGGCCCGUCGGCGGAGGGGGCGGUGCCCCCCAUUGCGGUGCUAGCGUCGCAGCUGGCGUCGGCGCCGCCAGAGCAGCAGAGGGCGAUGCUGGGCGAGCAGCUGUACCCGCUGGUGGACGCGCUGGAGCACGAGGCGGCCGGCAAGGUGACGGGCAUGCUGCUGGAGAUGGACCAGACGGAGGUGCUGCACCUCAUCGAGUCGCCCGACGCGCUGCGCUCCAAGGUGCAGGAGGCCAUCGAGGUGCUCAAGCUCGCGCAGCAGCAGCCGCCGGUCGACCAAAUGGGGGGGCUCUCGCUCAGCGAGAACGGGUCCGCCUAGGGGGGGGUGGGGGACAGAAUGGGUGUGAGGCGGUGGAUAUGGUUUUGGGACGAGGGGGUGAGGACGGGGGUUUGGCAGCAGAAGCGAGGGGUUCCGGGAUGUGGGUUGAGGCUCGGGGGAGGAGAAAGGCGGGUUGGGGUCGUUUCGGCGUAAUGAUUGGCGAUCAGAGUGUUCUUGGGAAGAAAAGGUGGCGGAAAGGGUGUCGGUGUGAUCUGGGCCCUCUUGGGGAGAGGCCGUUGGCGCCCCUCCUUCGUAGCUGUAUUAGGGAAGUGCGCGGGAAGGAGCCGAUCGAAAGAAGAAGUUGUCAUCAAUGGAGAGUUUGCUUGGUUGGGGUCCGCGUGCAACGCAUGCGGUAAACGCCAGUCUGAGCAGAUGGGGAAGUUUCCAGUCAGAGUAUUGAGAGUCAGCUGCAGAUAAGUUUGCGAUGCGAGCCCAGUCAGCAUUCAGCAAAUUGAAGCGCGGCGAAAAGUAUUGAGCAGCAAAAUGGAGACUCCGCGAGUCGCUCGUUGCGGCUUGAGGGGUCGGAUGUCCGAUGAUCCGAGGCUCAAGGAGUCGAAGUUCGAGCGAAGCUAGUAAGGCUUUUUGGGAAGAGAGCACAUUGGGUACUCCCCUCUCAAAAUUAACGAUGGGGGGUGAGGGAAAGGUUAAGUGGCAGUGGCUGGUCAGCCAGCCGAGCGCAUCCAGAAGCAGGUUGCAAGGCCUGAGAAAGCACGUCUUUCAAAGGUUGGAAUAAGUUUUCCGUCAUUCUCGAGUAGCCUAGUUGUUCACGGUGUUUGGGCGGACAAAGGCGUUGGUGUACUACAGAACCCUCACGGCACAUUUUGUCUCGGCAGGCUAAGCCGUCUAAAGCAUCACGGAUAACUGG